AUGAAGUCCCCUAGCUCGAAGAACGGGCAGUGCCCUAGGUCUCUGCCUAGGGUUCCACAAUUCAAAUGGCUAGUGAAAGGGAUGUAUCCGACUUCCGCGUGUAGACUAGCGAUUAGCGUACCUGCAUAUGUAGAGCAAAGACCAGAUGGGCUCGAUGAUUAUCAUGUAACUGCUAAUUACAUGUGUGUGGUAGACAAGGAUAAAUUCUCUUGGAUGGGGUUUCUUGGGUGCCUUGGUGAGGAGAUAGUCCAUGGGGUCGACCAAGAACUGCAGGUCAUCUUCUUUAACAAAACCAAGGAUGAGACAGUGCGCAUAGAUUCUGAUUCUGCUCUGUUACAUGUAUUUGAUGUGUAUUGGGACAGUAGGAAGGUGCCACUGACUGUACAUGUUGUUGACACUGGUCUUCGUUUGCUAAAGUCUAAGUGUUGUAAUGCCAAUGCCUCUCAGUCUUCUCAGUCUGUUAUUAUCAUUCAGGAGAGUCAGGUUAAUUGUCAGCCAAUAGCUAUGAUACUGCCUAAUUUAGUAGCUGAUGAAAAUGGUGAAGCUGUUGAUCUUAAUAAUGAUGGUAAUUGUGAGGCUAAUGCUAAUGGUGAUGAGGGUCUUAAUCUUGAUAAUGAUGGUGAAGAUGAUGAUGCUAUUGCUGAAGAAGAAGAAGAUACUGCUGAAGAUGACUAG